ACGUGUCGUAUGACCUAAGUCAGAUACCUCAAACCUUUUAUGUUGUGUCCGUUCACACAGUUACGUAAGAUCUAAAUCGGUAACUAGGUUGACAGAACUACCAUGCCCAGCACAGAUGCCUAUCGUGAAACUUUGGAGAAAAGAAGACAAAGCUACAAUAAGCAGCGCAGUCAGAUGCAGAGGUUCAAGUUUCGACAACCAAACAAUACUCCUAGCGUGAAUUUCUCUCGGCUCAAUCAUUACCAUCUGUAUCUACGUAAAAACCCCGGCAUCAAAUCCUACUCCCAUGGCCAUGCUUCACAGGUCAGUGACCAGGCAGCCAGUCCAGCAGCAUACAGAAUCCAAGGUCGGGUUUAUAGGCAGUCGAUGGUCUAUUCAGUUUCGCCAAAAUACGACUGCGGAUCCGAGUGUUUCAUUGAUGGACCACGGUGCUUAAAUGCUAAUUCUCCAGUGUACAACAUCUCCCAACCUAACUCUACGACACCGAUACAUUACAGUGCUUGCGACGUAGUGUACCCUAGCAUGACUGGUGUUAUUGAAAUAUCUGGACACAUGAUAAUGCAUCCCAGCACAGAUCUAAAAGUAUAUAAGAGGUUGAUUGGCAACCGAGAUCUUGCAAAAGAAGCUGACUUUGAUAAUUCAAAGCUUUCUUACAUAGAGAAAACUGCAUUAGACUGCAAAAGUACGAACUACAAGUGCUUCAGAGGGCCCAAGUUACAGUGGCAGUGCAUGGGCUCCGGUGUUAGACGAGCCUCUCUCCUAAUCAGAGACAAUUACAGUACCUCCGUUCUUGCAAAACUGGCUGCUGGUGAUGGACAAAGGCUUCUUGCAAUAGGAUCAAGAUAAUCUUUUGUUGACGGAAAUAUUUUUCCUCAGCUUCUA